CAUCUACUCAAUUCCUCCAAAAAAUUUAUCCAUCACUCCCAUCACAACAACAUUUCAAAAUGCCACAGCAUUGCAAUACCUGCAGUCAUCGCUGCCGCUGCAGCCCGUAUAAUUCAACUCUGCACUUCCUGCUCUACGACAAUAAUCCCGAAAUGGAAAGAUAUUGUUACGACGAUCCUGACUGGCCAAGUACCGACUCCGACAGAAUUUUCUUCUUUGUUCUGGUUAUAUUGAAGAUUCUGAAACUCAUUUGUGCAGUUGUGAUUUUGGUGCAGAAAGAAAUAGAAGAGGAUGAGAGAAGGUCGAAUGUUGAAACCAGAUACGAAUAUUUGUUAGAAGAUCUAGGUAGGGUGGAGAGGAGAAGGAAGAAGAAGAAGAACAAGCCGGAAAGUGGAAAAACGAAGAGUGUACAGAAAAACGAUAUAGUGGAUCGGGGAAUCAAGAGAAGACCGAUAGGAAUCCUGAAGACGAGGAAGAGGAUGAGGAAGAUAAAAGUGGAGUCGUGGAUGCAGAGAUGCCGAAGCCAGCAGGAUCAUGUCACUAAAAGACUUUGAGUCGAAAUCAUAUUGAUAUUGAAGCAGAAAUACUGGCUCGAAACAAAGACCAUCUCGGUUGACCCUGAAGAAAGGUGACAUCGUACGUCUCAAGGGAAUCCGGUACAGGA